GAUAGCAACGUAGUGCAGCAGCAUGUGGCCUGGCUCCGAGCGAGGCAGCUCGCGGGCACUGGAGCUGCCAACGAGUCAACAGAAUGCUGGCGGUAGUAGUCAACAGGAGACGCUGGCCGAUAUCGAGCAUAUAUCCACCAUAGCUGGCUCCCUGGCCUCCAUUGGAUCCAUAUCGCAUACACAAAUGAGAUAUCAAUGCACAAAUGAUGCUGGCUAUGAUACGGAACACACCUCCCUAAACUCUGACUUUGAUGAGGCUGAACUGCGCAGGGAAUUGCUGAGAGAUAAAUGGAAACUCCUCUUUGAUAUGUUCGAUCCUGAAGGUUUUGGUGAAAUCUGCGUCACAGAAUUCCUAUCGGCCCUCACAUCGCCGGAGUUUCUAUCCCAAGUGCCUAUGAACAAGCGGGAGCUGUUGCUGGAGCGCGCUAAGAAGGCCCAAGUGCCCACUGGUCCGGGCUAUGUAACGUUCCAGGACUUUGUGAAUGUGAUGAGCGGGAAGCGAACGCGCAGCUUUAAAUGUGCCGUCCACCAUCGUGAUCGUGAGGUGUGCUCUGAGAACGACUUUCAGCUGGUGCUGAGCGAACCGCCGCUCUUUCGCAAGAUGGUGCAUGCCGUGGCCAUGGAGAUCCUGCCCGAGGAGCGGGAUCGCAAGUACUACGCAGACCGUUACACCUGCUGUCCGCCGCCCGUCUUCAUUAUUCUCGUAACAGUCGUAGAGUUGGGUUUCUUUGUGUAUCACACGAUGGUCACGGGAGAGGCGGCGCCACGUGGACCCAUACCCACCGAUUCAAUGUUCAUCUAUCGGCCGGACAAGCGGCACGAGAUCUGGCGGUUUCUCUGCUACAUGGUGCUGCACGCUGGCUGGCUGCAUCUGGGCUUCAAUGUGGCCGUGCAGCUGCUGUUUGGCCUGCCGCUGGAGAUGGUCCAUGGCUCGACGAGGAUCGCCUGCAUUUACUUCUCGGGCGUGCUGGCCGGCUCGCUGGGCACCAGCAUCUUCGAUCCGGAGGUGUUCCUGGUGGGCGCCAGUGGCGGUGUCUACGCUCUGCUGGCCGCCCAUCUGGCCAAUGUGCUGCUCAACUAUCACCAAAUGCGUUAUGGAGUGAUACGACUGCUGCAUAUAUUAGUUUUUGUUUCAUUUGAUUUUGGUUUUGCCAUCUAUGCGCGCUAUGCCGGCGAGGAUGUGCUGCUGUCGAGUGCCGCCGUCAGUGAGGUGCAGCAUGUCACAGAUGCCACGGAUACUGUGGCCGCCGUCUCGUUUGUGGCCCAUCUGGCGGGUGCUGUGGCCGGGCUCACCAUCGGGCUGCUGGUGCUGAAGAGUUUCGAGCAGAAGCUGCACGAGAAUCUCCUCUGGUGGAUUGCCCUCGGCACCUACUCGGCCCUGGUGGUCUUUGCCAUUGCCUUCAACAUUCUGCAUGGAUUUGCUCUGUUCAAUAUGCGCAUGGAGAAGAUACGCGUCACGGAGACGUACUUUAGUGACUUUCAGCCGUGAGAGGAUCCCGCUUUGUUUUUUGAACAAUUUCUGUUUCAUUUUCGUUACGUUGGAGUUUUUAUUGUUUUUUCGAGCGACAAGUUCCAGCUUGUUCCCCCCAAUUUGAUUGUUUUUGUAAUGUGCGUAUCUGUAUGAAUCGGAUAUAUCGAGCACUGUAUCUAUAUCUUUAUAUAUUUAUAUGUAUAGGGGACAAAUCGUGUCGUGUAAUCAUUAUAUUAUGUUUUGUUUUUCGCUAGUUAAGUACAAAGAAUCGAUGGGAAAAAGUAUCAGAAUCAUUGAAAUGAGAAAUAUUUACAACAAAUCGAACUGAUUAGGAAUGCUCAAGGAAUUCGAUAUAUAUACAUAAUAUAUAAAUAUCUAGUUUAAAUGCAAGACUUUCUAGGGAUAAAUGCCAUCAAGGAAUCAAUUUAAGCUGAACAAAAAAAUAUGUGCGAACCGAUAUUGGCAAUGCAAUAUUUAUACGAAAUUCGAACAGGCCUCAACAUACAUUGAGAUGAUGAUAAUUCCUACCUCAGCAUCAAAAUAAAGCUUACAAAAGGAAUAUUUAAAUUGAUUUCAAUUUGAUGUUGCCGCAACCACUGCCAGCUUUUGUGGGUCAAUUAGGAGACCCCAAACCGAAUCGAUUUUUGCAUUAAAUAUACACCUUUUGUAUUUACAAUGUUUGUUGUACUUGUAAAUAAAUUGAAUAAAAUCGAUACUUAUUUUCAAGCAA